CUUAUUUGCUUUUAUCCGCCGCGAUGUGCGCGGCACUGUGGCGACUUGGCAUUGACGUCACGUCCGCUCGGCUGGCGCGUCACGUGACUGGCAGGAGAGUGACGCCACAUCGGUCACCAUGAUCCACAGCCUCUUCCUGCUGAACCCGGCGGGCGAUGUCUUCCUGGAGAAGCACUGGCAGUCGCCCGUCUCUCGCUCCGUGUGUGACUACUGGCUAGAGGCCAAGGAGCGUGCGGCAGGUCGAGCCUCCGCCCACUCUGCCGGUGGCUCCGCUGGCGGCGGUGGCGGUGGCUCCGCCUCCUCGUCGUCGUGUUUGGCGGAGGCGGUGGCUCCGGUGCUGGCGACCCCUCACCACUACGUGCUGAGCGCGCUGCGGGGCAAGGUGUCGCUGCUGGCGGUGACGCGCAGCGAAGCGCCGCCACUCUUCAUCAUCGAGUUCCUGCACCGCGUCGCAGACACGCUGCAGGAUUACUUUGGGGAGUGCACGGAGGCAGCCAUCAGGGAGAACUGCGUGGUGGUUUACGAGCUGCUGGAGGAGAUGCUGGACAACGGAUUCCCCCUCGCAACAGAGGCCAACAUCCUGAAGGAGCUCAUCAAGCCUCCCACCAUCCUGCGCUCGGUCGUGAACUCCAUCACCGGCAGCACCAAUGUCGGAGACACUCUGCCCUCGGGGCAGCUCUCCAACGUGCCGUGGAGACGCACCGGCGUACGCUACACCAACAACGAGGCGUACUUCGACGUGAUAGAGGAGGUGGAUGCCAUCAUAGAUCGCUCUGGCUCCACGGUGACGGCUGAGAUUCAGGGCGUGAUUGACGCUUGUGUGAAGCUAACGGGGAUGCCUGACCUCACACUCUCCUUCAUGAACCCGCGUCUGCUGGACGAUGUGAGUUUCCACCCGUGCGUGCGCUUCAAGCGCUGGGAGUCGGAGCGCGUUCUCUCCUUCAUCCCUCCCGACGGGAACUUCCGGCUCAUCUCCUAUCACGUCUCCUCACAGAGCCUGGCGUCCGUCCCCGUGUGCGUGCGUCACUCGGUGUCGUUCCGUGAGGGCGGUGGCGGCUGCGGGCGUCUUGAGCUGACGCUGGGGCCUCGGCACAGCGGGGGGAAAACGCUGGAGGCCGUCGUCGUCACGGCGACGCUGCCGCCCCCCGUGCUCGCCGUGGCGCUCACGGCAACGCAGGGGGCCCACGCCUUCGACCCCGUCUCCAAGGUCCUCACGUGGGACAUUGGGAAGAUUAAUCCCCAGAAGCUGCCGACCAUCAAGGGCUCUCUGACACUGCAGUCCGGGGCACCCAAGCCCGAGGAGAACCCCGUCAUCAACGUCCACUUCAAGAUCCAGCAGUUCGCCAUUUCAGGGUUGAAAGUGAACCGUCUGGACCUCUAUGGGGAGAAGUACAAGCCGUUCAAAGGGGUGAAGUAUCUCACCAAGGCUGGGCGCUUCCAAGUCCGCACCUAGACACACAGAGACACGGGCAGACACACACUCCAUGGGGCAUAGAUGCGCACAGGAACAUAGGGAUGCGUGGACAGGGAUACGGAGAAACGCGGGGAGAUGGAACACACACGGGGACCUAAAAGUGGACACAGAAACAUACGGAAAGACGCAGUGAGACACAGGGACAGAGAGGCUCACGGUAACAUGGCGAGACAGGGAGACUGCUCAGAGUAAUAAGAGUGCAGAGAUACACGGGGAUGAAUGGAGACUUGGGAAGGCAUGGGGACACAGAGACACAAGCACGUGAAACCACAGAGACGCACUUGGAGACACACAGACACAUGGAUACACACGGGGGACACUGUAUACACAGGGGGACACGGAAAAACAUUGGGAAAUGCUGAGACACAUGGCGACACACUAGGUCACACAGAGACACCAUUACGGGGUCACGUGGAGACACACUAGGUCUCGUUGAGACACGGGGUCACAGAGAAACACAUGGAGACACGGGGACCAAUGGAAAGUUGGCUGAGGUGCAGUGUUUGUGUGAAUAAAUGUGCAAUGUGUGAAGUGAA